UGCAGACGUUGAUUAUGAAGAUGACUGUUUAUGGUGGAUGAAUUGGUCUCAUGGAGCAGGAAGUCAAUCGGUAAUUUGCGCCAUAACCCAAAAGACCAGAAACAAAAAUCAACAAGGCCAUGCCGUCCGGACCCGACAACUUCUACGUCAGUGGCAGCGUCACAGUCAAGCCAAUCACCUUCCAGAACCAGUUCCGGAUGAAGAUCGCGGCCAACCUGUACACGCCCAACAACCUCGACCCCACUUCUAAUACUCCGGCCAUUAUUGUCGGUCACCCCAUGGGCGCUGUGAAGGAACAGAGCGCAAGCCUCUACGCCACCAAGAUGGCAGAACAAGGCUUCGUCGCCGUUUCCAUCGAUCUUUCCUUUUGGGGUGGCAGCGAAGGUGAGCCACGCAACGCUGUUCUACCUGAAAUGUAUGCAGAGACCUUCAGUGCCGCUGUCGAUUACCUUGUCCUACAAAAGUUUGUUGAUCGCGAGCGGGUCGGUGCCAUCGGCAUCUGUGGUAGCGGCUCCUUCGCAAUCAGCGCCGCUAAAAUCGACUUCCGCAUCAAAGCCAUCGCGACUGUGAGCAUGUUCGACAUGGGUGGCGCGGCGAGAAAGUUUCAGACAGCUGCGGAGCGCAAAAUCACCAUUGCUGAAGCAUCACAGCAGCGCUGGGUUGAGGCUGCUGGCGGUGAGAUCCGCUACACGGGCGGCACUGUCCACGAGCUCACGGCCGAUACGCAUCCCAUUCAGCGCGAGUUUUAUGACUUCUACCGCACCCCGCGUGGUGAGUUUACACCAGACGGUUCGUCGCCGAACCUCACUACCCACCCGACGUUUUCGAGUAAUGUGAGAUUUUUGAACUUCUACCCGUUCAACGACAUCGAGACUAUCUCCCCGCGUCCACUCCUCUUCAUAUCUGGUGACCAGGCGCUUUCACGCGAGUUCAGUGAGGAUGCGUACGCGCGUGCGGCUGAGCCAAAGGAGUUGCUGUGGGUGGAAGGCGCUGGUCAUGUUGAUCUCUACGAUCGCACCGAUCUCAUCCCAUUCAACAAGAUUACUCUCUUUUUCAAGAAAAGUUUUAGCAUGGAGUAAAACGAAAAAGGAGAGGUGAGUGCAAUACAAUCGAUAGUAUUGUAAACUGCUCAAUAAAUUGCACUGUUGAAACUCGCCUUCCAAUUGAUUAGGAGUCCAGAUUUAAUGCUAUUUGAUGAUUUUGCGCCAUAAGUUUAAGUUCAAAACAAAAAUUCGAAAGGGGG